AUGCCUCCCUCUCAGCCCCCCCGCGUGCCGACUGGCGGGCGCCCUCCCCCACCACGGAGGGGGGGCGCGCAUGGGGGGAACGGCGGAGCGACGAAGAAGCGCGGGAGGGAGAACGAGACGGGGAAGGGGGAGGAGGCGGGAGGCGGGGAUGCGGCGCGAAUUUACGCGGAAGUGAACAGUGGCGCGCAGCAGGACGUCAUGCGCGCAGUGUGCCCCGCCGAUAACAUGGCGGCACCCGCGCGAGGCAGCGGCGGUGGCGCAUCGAGCGACCCGCUGGCGGGCGUGGAGGCGCGCAUCGGCGCGCUGCUCGCGUCGGGCGGGCGCAAGGUGGGCGGCGGUGGCGGCAGCAGCUACAGUGUUCCGCGUAUGGAGGUGCUGCUGGAGGUGCCGGGGGGGAAGAAGCGUGCGGGGAAGGACGUGGUGAGGCGCGGGGGGAGUGUGGCAGAGGCAGGGGGACGGGACGCGGGGAAGCGGAGCAGGCAGAGGAGCAGAGCGGGGGGAGUGGAGCGGCUGGUGUGGGAGCUGAAGGCGCGCCCUGAGCUGUGCAGCUUCACCCGCAUGGCGCCCCUGGCAGCAGCAUGGAGCGACUAUGCUGCUGCGCUCUGCCGCUCUGCCGCUGCACAAACACCAACGCCCGGCCCGCCGGCUGCCUCCGCCUCUGAGCUCUUCUUCUUUUCAUCCCCCUCUGUUCAAUCUCCCCAUGUCCUCCCAUUCGAUUCCCCCCCAUAUCCUCCCUGCUGCAGGCGUAUGGGUGCAUGGGUGGCAGCGAUGGACCUCCACGGCGCCAUGCUCACAGUGGCACGUGCAGCCUCCUCAGGCCAUGUGGGGGUGGGCGGCAUGGUGCUGGCAGAGUCCACGUCAGCAUUCCACCUCCUCACAAACGAUGAUCGCCUCAAAGUCAUCCCUAAGCAGGGUGCCGAGUUUCGUCUGCAUCUGCCGCCUCUGCUGCUGCAGUCAGCAGCGCCAAGGCAAGCAGCGGGAGCACCCCCACCGCAAGCACAACAGCGCGUGGUCACACUGCAGGGGGACCUCAUGCGCACUCGCCCUCGCAUGCGCUAUGGGGACGCCCUUUGA